UGGGCUGUGGGAGUGCAGAGAGCCAGCCUGAAUCUCCUGCUGUCCCUCUCCACAGCUGAGCUCUGGCCGUGGCCUCUGCGAGAGGAGCCGAGGGGUCGGAGCGCCGAGUCCCCCGGGCGCCGCUGCUGCCCUGCAGGCAGGAACGAUGCUCCGUGCGGAGAGGGGAGGGGCUGCGGGCACAGCCCCGUGUCCUGCUGCCCGCGGGGCUGUCCCUGCCCGCAGCCUGUGCUGCACAGCCUUCCUGCUGCUGGCCGUGUGUGUGCGUGCCACUGCUGUCCCCUACGGCCUGGGCGCUCUGGCUGCUGUCACCUGGGGUCCCCCGGGCUCAGCAGCCUCCCAGCGAGGGGUGGGUGACACUCUGGGGACAGCGUGUGGGGACCUCCUCUCCUCGGGCUGCUCCCCAGGGAUGCAGGGAGAUGUGACCCCUGGGGCAGGUGCUGGGGGACAGAGCCUGGGGACAGGGACUGCGGCCACACGGACAUCUGGGACCUCCCUGCAGGGGCAGGCUGGCUCUGGGCACAGGGAAGGGCUCAGGCUGGGCACAGCAAUGGCUGUCACGCUGUCCCCCACACCGUGGCCUGGCAAAAGGGUGCCUGCUGCCUCAGCUCGGCUCUUCCAGCCUCAGGGUCCCAGCCCUGCAGGUGCCACCGUGGCUGGGAUGGGCUCCACAGCCCCUGGUGUCAUCCCAGAGCUUGGACAGACGCUUGUGACAGAAGAAUCCACGCCCAGCCAGCCCAGGACAGCAUCAGUGGGACCUGUUCCCACUGCAGCAGGACCUCCAGGGCCCAGCCCUGCCAGCCCAGGCUCUGUGCCUCCCCCCUGCUCCACAGAGCCAGCUCUGCAGCGUGCCUCUGAGCCUGGGCACCGCACUGCCACCAGCAGCAGUGUGACAUCUCCGUGCUGCCCGCUGCGCUCUCCUGGGGCUGGGCAUGCAGCCAGCUCCCUGCUCAGCUCCCAGAGCCUGGCUGUGCCCUCAGUACUGACCCUCCAUGCCCACGCCGCGUCCAGUGGCUCCAGCACUUCCCAGAACUCCUCCACAGCCACGGAGCAGCUCCCUGCAGCCACCAGAGUGGCCUCCAGCCCAGCUGAGCUGAUGACAAAGGGCAGGCCUGGCUCCACAGGGCGGAAACCCCCUGCAUCCCACCCCUCCAGCCUGCCCCUGCCCUCCCAGCCUGUGCACGUGCUGCCCUUGCAAUUCCGGCUGCUGGGCAUCGCUUACGGCCCGGCUCUGGGCAGCAGGAACUCCGAGAGCUACCGGCAGCUGGAGGGAGAUGUGACACUGAUGCUCAACCAGAUGCUGUCCAGCUACGAGAGCUUCCUGCAGGCCAAUGUCCUGGAGUUCCUGAAUGGCUCAGUGGUGGUGCGAGGGCAGGUUCUGUUCCGGGGGGAUGCUCCUGCUCCCUCCAACUCCCACCUCAUCCGGACAGUCGUCACAGAGGCCAGCAAGGGAAGGAGCAUCUUCAGCUGGCAGCUGGAGCCCCAGUCUGUCCAGUCUGCUGGCUUCAGCCUGGAGAACCUGGACCCGGAGAAGCUGUCCAUCUCCCUCACUGGCUCCCAGCUUGGCAUGGACAGCAUGGAGAGCCUGGUCAGAGAGGUAACUGCAUCUGUCAGUGCCCUCUACCACGUCAGGAACUUCACCAUCUCCCAGCUCAGGAAGCUGGGUGGGAACACGGAGAUCACUGGAGACCUCUACCUAGACACAGUUGUCCAUGCUGAUGUUACGGAGGUUCUGGAAGCCCUGACUGCGCUCUCAGGCCUCUCCAUGGCCCUGAGCUCCCUCUCGCUGGAGGGCUCCCAGCUGGGGCUGCUCGUGUACCCUCUGUCCUUCGUUGUCACCAACAGAGCCUUCAGCCAGAAGCUUCAGGACCCGCUCUCUGCAGAGCACCACCAUCUCUCCAGGCACCUUGGUGAAGCGGUGGCGAGAGCCCUGAGGGAUUACCCAUCCUUCCUGACAGCCAUCAUCAAAGAAUUCCUGCCUGGCUCCUUGAUCUGCCACGGGAACAUCAUCUUCCGCCGCCCUGCUCCAACCAGCGCGCAAGUGCUGCGGGCACUCGUGCGCUCGGUGGGGCCAGACCAGGCUCUGGCUGGCUCUGACAUCCACGUGGAUCCAUCCUCUCUCUCUGUGGGAGAGGACACCCUGGAGCCUGCCAGGGCCCAGCCGGGCUUCCCAGCCUACGGAGUGGCCUUGGUGGUCAUCGGUAGCCUCUGCAUCGUGGCUGCGCCCGUCGUGCUCGUGUGCCUGGGCACCAAGAGGCUGGGCUGGCAGGCUGGAGGAGCCCUUUGGGACAGAACAGACCCUGACGUGGGCAUCCAGACGUUGGAAAUGGAGAACCAGGGCUUCUGGACAGAGGACCUUGAGGAUGGGCACUUGGAGUGGCAAAGCACUUCUGCCUGAGGAGAGAAGCAGCAGCAGCUGGGGGGAGCCUGGAGAGGGGCUGUGGGUGGGAAGGAGAUGCUGAGAAGCUCUCCCUGAUCCUGUGGCAGCAGCUGCCAGGUGCUCCCUGAGCAGAAUGCAGACUCAGGUGUGUCAAGGAAUCGUUUUGUUCCUUAAAUAAACUGUUUGUAGGCCGUGAAA